UAUGCAUGUAAUAUUUUUAGCGUUCAAAGACUAUUGCAUUGGUAACACAUUUAAGGCGGAAUGCGGUACAAAUGAAAUUGUUGUAAUGAGUCACGCAUUUUAUGGUAUUAUGAAACUUGGUUCUUGCAUAAAACAAACAGAAGACUGGGCUGUAGGAUGCUCAAAAAACGUUAUACAAAGAGCUGACAGACACUGUUCAGGUCGUUUAAAGAGAUGUGAAUUCCUUCCGGUAACGAUUUUCGAUGAUUUGAACCCGUGCAAUGCAGCGCUCAGAACUUACUUCGAGGCGGAUUACGUUUGCCGCGGGGUCUCUAAUAGAUUUUCCAAUUGCGAUUCGUCAAUUAUCCAGUUGGGUCUAGACGAAACGCGUUAUUUAGCGAGUAUGUCUUCUUUUUCUUCAGCUACUUGUCAUAAUUACAAGAUACGGGCUGCACAAGGCUACACUUUUAACAUCACACUGCACGAUUUCUUCACUGAACAACGUAACCCGGAUGAUACUGAGAAAGAGCGAGCCGUAUGCUCGAGUAAUAAGAGACGGAAUCAUGUUCUAAAGACGACAACCAAUUCAGUGGAAAUACGAUUAAACGAGAUAAAAGAAAUGCGAUUUCUAUUAGAAAUAACGGUAUUGGGCUGUCCAGAGCCAAAUGAACCUCCAGAAAAUGGAUGGAUACGGAGCGAGACGGACGGAAGUUUCGUGACCGGAUGUCACGGUUCGGACGAAACUUGGCCUUUAACAUGCAAAGAUCAACGCUGGGUUUAUCCGAUUACUACUUGUAAAUUGAAGAUUUAUAAUAUAAGGGUAGAAGAGUCUUUCUUAGAAUCUAGGAAAGGCAAGGCUAUCCUGGGAGCAACAAUUUUGGGAUGCUUUAUUGCCUUCUUCGUACCUUUUAUUAUUUUGACGAUUCUUCGAGUCAGAAUGAUAAAGAAAGAAAAGGAACGAUUUGAAAACAAAUUCGGAAUAAUGAAAUUGCCUGAAACCUAUCCCGGAGCAAACUUUAUUGUCGCGCCAGUCGGUUCGUAUAGUCGGCAGAGUAGCGGCGGCUCAAGUCAUUUAUAUGAAAGUACUUCGGCUUAUCAGAAACAAUAA